GCGUUGCCGAGGGAGCGGGAAGAUGGCGGUGGAGCUGGGCAGCGGCAGCGGCAGCGGACACGGACACGGACACGGACACGGACACGGACACACCGACUGGUGUCUGGAGAGACUGGGCGGAGACCCGCCGGGACAGCGGCUGCAACUGCUGCCGGGGAACGAGGUAACGCUGGGCCGGGGCUUGGGGGUGACCCACCAGCUCGUGGCCAAGGACAGUCCCCUGAUGAUCUCGCGCAACCAUUGCUGCUUCCGUCUGACCGCCGUCGGAACCUGCACCGUCACCGACAACCAGAGUGUGAACGGUGUGUGGGUGAACGGAUGCCGCCUGGUGGCGCACCAGCCGCGGGCACUGUGUGAGGGUGACGUGGUACAGCUGGGGGUGCCCGUGGAGCAGCACAAGCAGGCCGAGUUUGAGUACCGUGUGGUGCGGAGGGCACCGGGCGCUGGGAGCACCGCCACGUCACCGCCACCGCCGCCAAGGGGCCGCGCCAAGCGCAAGCUGGAGAGCCGGGACACUGAGCUGGGAGCCACGCAGGACAACGCGGGCAGCAGCAGCAAGGUGCAGCGGCUCAGCGAGGAUCAGCUACAGCCCCACACUGCACCGGGGCCACAGAGAGACACUGCACCGGGCCCUGAGUCAGAGAGAGACACACGGCAGGGUCUGGGGACACAGAGGGACACAGCACGGGGCCUUGAGUCAGACACAGACACACAGCGGGGCCCUGAGUCAGAGAGGGACACAGAGCGGGGCCUUGAGUCAGACAGAGACACUGCACCGGGCCCUGAGUCAGAGAGGGACACAGCGCCUGGCCCUGGAACAGUCCGAGACACAGCGCGGGCCCCCGAGUCAGAGAGAGACACAGCGCGGGGCCUUGAGUCAGACAGAGACACCGCACCUGGCCCUGAGUUAGAGAGGGACACCGCACCUGGCCCUGAGUUAGAGAGGGACACUGCACCGGGCCCUGAGUCAGAGAGGGACACAGAGCGGGGCCUUGAGUCAGAGAGAGACACAGAGCGGGGCCUUGAGUCAGACAGAGACACCGCACCGGGCCCUGAGAGGGACACCGCACCUGGCCCUGAGUUAGAGAGAGACACAGAGCGGGGCCCGGGAACAGAGAGAGACACAGCUCAGGGCCCGGGAACAGAGAGAGACACAGCUCAGGGCCCUGAGUCAGACAGAGACACAGAGCGGGAUCCAGGGCCAGAGACAGACCUGGGAUACAGAGACACAGCGCGAGGUCUGGGGACAGCGGGUGGCCAGGGACAGAGUAGCAUGGGACAGAGUGAGCAGAGAGAGUUCCCGGGGGCUGAGAGGGACCCAGGGCACAUAGACGCAGUGCGGGGCCCGGGGCCUGAGAGAGACCGGCAACACGGUGACCAGGAUAAGAACCAGGGAUUCGGAGACCGGAAGCUGGCACGUGGAGUCUGUGAUGAUAGUCGCCUGGCAGAUGAACAGCAACCACAGGCGGGGGGGUGUGGGGAGAGUGCGGAGACCCGGCUCAGUGAGCUGCUGGAGAACGAGCUGCAGUGUAUCAUCUGCUCCCAGCACUUCGUGCAGGCGGUGACCCUAGGCUGCUCACACAGUUUCUGUGGGUCGUGUAUCGGGGAGUGGUCUCGCCGUCGGCCCGAGUGCCCGAUGUGCCGCCGGCCCAUCCGCUGGCAGACCCGCUCGCAUGUGCUGGACGACUGCGUGGAGCGGCUGCUGGCCCGGACCGGACCCCCACACCCACCACCACCUCCGGCCCUGACCCCGGCCCCCGACGGGUGCAGCACCGAGAGACACACACAGCAGUGACGGUAGACGGUGGACGCAGAUUUUCCGGGACCCCAGGGGGUCGGCCCCCCCCCUGCGCCAGCCAGCCAGCUGAGGAGGAGGUGGGGCGGGGGCCUCAGCCCUACCCCUGGUGGGGGCAGGGGCAACAUGGACUGUGGGAGGUGGGGGAGAAUGACAGUGGGAGAAUGACAGUGAGAGUGGUCUGUCAAAUA